GCCUCCGUCUGUCCAUGCCACUCGAGAAAAAACACAACCCUCAAACCAGCAUCUUCUCAUCUGCAUAUUGACAAGAAGCCUCUUCAAAAACAUCUCAUAUCGAUUCAUCCAAAGCAUUCUAUUAAAAUGAAGACCUCUUUCAUCACCGCGGCUUGCUCUACCUUCGCUGCUCUGUCCAGCGCCGCUCCCACUGAUAGCUCAACCUUCGAAGUCGCCAUCACCUUCUGGGGCGCCGACGGUUCCUCGUUCUUCCAAAGCUUCCCAGCUGACGAUACCACUCAUGUAAUCACCAACCAACUGUCAAUUACCAAGAUUUCCUCUGUCGGAGGCGGAUUCUGCACCUUCCAAGGAGUUGACGGCAGCAGCACUGUGGUGGCUGGUGAGGUGACUGUGCCUGUCAGUCCCCCACAGACCCAGGUAUCUGGAACCUGCGAUAUUCUGUGAACGAUGAGAAAAAGCUUCCUAUUGAGAC